AUGUCCCCCCGCACAGUCGCAGUCUACGGCGCCACCGGCAACAUCGGUGCGCCGCUCAUCAAGGCGCUCUACCCGCGCCACCAGGCGGGCGAGAUCAAGCUCGUCGUGAUCCACCGCGCGGGCUCCAAGCUGGACAACGUCCCCGCCGAGAUCGAGCGCCGCGUGCUCGACUACGCUAGCGCCACCGAGGCGCAGGUGCACGACGCGCUGCGCGACGUCAACAUCCUCCUCGCGGCGACGUACAACACUACCCGCGAGCAGGACGCCGCGUUCGCCAAGGCCCUCUCAACCCUCCCCAACAAGGCCUCGUUCCGCUUCUUCUUCUCCGACUACUCGGUCCGCUGGACGCCCGAGGAGGAGGCGACCAUCACCGAGUCCAAGUUCUUCAUCCGCAACACGGCGCGCGACCUCGGCGUCAAGGUCACGGGCAUCCAGAACGGCCUGUUUGAGGACUUCUUCUUCUUCCCCGGCUUCUUGGGCCCCGACGCGCGUGCGAACAAGCUCACGACGGCGCCGGGCGCCUUUGACAAGUCGUUCCCCAUCACGUCUACGCCGUGGCUCGCCGAGGCCGUCGCGCAGAUCGUGAGCGAGACGCCCCUCGACGAGAUCAAGGACCAGUACACCGUCGUCGAGCAGUGGGUCACCGGCCCCGAGCUCGUCGCGGCCUUCACCAAGGUCCACGGAGAGAAGCCCAAGCUCGCAGAGUUCACCCCCGAGGAGGACGCGGCGCGCAUUGCUGGCGGCGGCCCCCCUGCCCUCGGUGUCCUACUCGGCAAGAAGUGGGCCUCGGGCGUGUUCCCCCCCGGCAACGAGUUCACCCCCAAGGGCCUCACCGCCCGCACCAUCGACCAGGCCGUCGAGACCAACUCGAAGUAA